GCAAACAGCUGUGAAGUGAAAGGCCUGUAGCACACGCUUUGAAUACAGCGAAAGAGAUGACCAAAUUAAAAGCCAUAGUAAAUCGAGUGUAUGUAAUUCAUUCUCUUCCCUUUUGUCCAGUUAGUGUUGCUAAGAGAGACAUCGCCUAUCCCGUGUAAUAAAAUUUCUGACGGAGAGCACGUGAGCAGUUGCCAAGGACUCCCUACUCGUUUCCAGGAAGCGGUACUUGGUUUAAUAACAUUAACUGGAGGAGUCAAGAUGGAGGAACAUUUCGAUCUUGGAGACAACAGCAUCGUCAGAAGAUCAACUGCCAAGACAGGACGCAGGGCCCAUCGGCCACAUGAUGCUUUGCAGGAGGAAUCGCAAACUGCUGGAAGAAAUUCUGGAGACUCAUCUGUAGAGGUGCAGCAAGCAAAACCAACACGUCGACAGGGUGGCUGGGCAGAUGACGCUUCUAGCUUAAUCAAGUCAUCACAGAGGGUCACAGAAGAGGUUGAAGAUCAUCGCCUGAAACAGCAAAGCAUUGAAGGUUCAGAUGAUGAUGGAGAUAUCCCAGUGAUUCCUGACCUUGAGGAAGUACAGGAGGAAGGCCUGACCAUGCAAGUUGCUGCUCCACCCAGUGUCCAGGUAAACAGAGUGUUGACAUUUCGAGAUCUGGAUAAUGAUCUCAUGAAGCAUGCAGCUUUCCAGACACUGGAUGGUGAAAUUGAUCUGAAACUUCUUACAAAAGUCCUGUCUCCUGAACAAGAAGUCCGUGAGGAGGACGUAAGCUGGGAUUGGAACCAUUUAUUCACAGAUGUGUCAUCAGAACUUCUGACAGAAUGGGAUAUAGGACAAGGAGAAAAAGAAGAUUCCCAAAAGCUGUCUGGAUAUUCCUGAAUUUCAUCCCCGCAAAAAAUGUACAGUUCCCAUGUACCAUGCACACACCUGUUAUACUAAGUACAGAGUUGCUCAGUGACAUGACUUUAUAUACUCUGCUUUUCCUGUAAUUGUAUAGAUAUCUUUUUUCCAUGUUGCACUUUUGUUUAAUGUCAUUCAUACUGAACAAUAUACUGGACAUUGUAUGCACAGGUAUUUCUAGAUUAAUCUGUGCAAUAUAUGUAUAUGAGUAGCAGGGGUAUUGGGGUGGAAGGGUGACUUACCCUCCUGCAUAAAAAUCAUUUUGGAUUUUU